GGAUCCUGGUGCAGAGCAACGUUACAACCGGCCCGAUACCACCCACAGGAAGGACAACUCCACUAAAGGCUGAAGUCCCCAUGGCUGGAAAGAAGAAAGAAAUAACACUGCAGAUGACGAUCUUGAGCCAGGAACAAUGGGAUGAAAUGUUGGCUGUUACUGGACUGAUUGUGGUGGAUGUGUAUCAAGCUUGGUGUGGUCCAUGCAAGGCAGUCGUCAGUUUGUUUCGGAAGAUUAAAAAUGAAUUGGGAGAUGAUCACUUGCAUUUUGCCGUGGCUGAAGCAGAUAUUAUUGAGUCAUUGCAAAAAUACAGAGGGAGAUGUGAACCCACCUUCCUUUUCUAUGGAGGAGGACAGUUAGUUGCUGUUGUGAGAGGAGCAAAUGCCCCAUUGCUACAAAAGACCAUCCACGAACAACUACGCACUGAAAAGAAGGUCCUAGAGGGAGGAGCUGAACGCAAAGUGAUCAGAGAUGAAGGCUUAUCAGAAGAGCAAAAGGAGGAAGUGAUAUUGGUGGAAGACAAUGAAGAGGAGGAUCUGGUUACUACCAACAAAUCUUACACAGUAGCAAUCAUCAAACCCGAUGCUGUGGCUCAUGGGAAAGCAGAUGAAAUAAUAAUGAAGAUUCAGGAAGCAGGCUUCGAAAUUUUAGCUCAUGAGGAACGGACGUUAACCAAGGAAGAGGCCCAUGAUUUCUACCGACACAAAGCUGAAGAGUCCCAUUUUGAGGAGCUGAUUCAGUUCAUGUCUAGUGGUCCUUGUCAUAUUCUGAUCCUGUCCAGACCUGAGGGAACAGUUGAUGUCAUUCCAUUGUGGAGAGAAUCUAUUGGUCCAAAAGAUGUCCAAGUUGCAAAGCAGGAGAGGCCUGAAAGUCUCCGAGCUCUGUACGGGACUGAACACUUAUUCAAUGCAGUUCAUGGGAGUGAUGACACGGACCAGGCCAGCAGGGAGUUGGCCUUCUUCUUUCCCAGCUUUGGAACAACAUCUGAAGCUCAGAUUCCGACUCAGCAAGAGGAGAGGGUUCAGAAAACACUCGCUCUAAUCAGGCCAGAUCUCUUAAAGGAGAGAAAAGAUGACAUCCUACAGAAGAUUGCAGAAGCUGGGUUUAUGAUUGCUCUGCAGAAGAAGGUUGUGCUCACUGAGAAACAAGUUUACGAAUUCUACAGUGAGCACACACAGGAGGAAUACUUCCCAGCUCUCCUUCAGAACAUGACCAGCGGACCAGUGUUGGCCUUGGCUCUUGCUAGCACCGACGCAGUUGAACGUUGGAGGAAUCUGCUGGGACCAAAGGAUGUGAAUCAGGCAAAGGAGGAAGACCCUGAAAGCCUCAGAGCACAGUUUUCAAUGGAAACUGUUCCAAUUAACCAGCUGCAUGGUAGUGGAACACCUCAGGAAGCAGAAAAGGAGCUGAAGUUCUUCUUCCUCAUGGAGCAGACACUGGCUGUUAUCAAACCUGAUGCACUGGAGGAUCAUCGAGAUGAAAUUAUACAGAAGAUUAAACAAGCAGGCUUCAUUAUAUCACACAUGGAUGAAAAAACUCUAAGCCGGGAAAUGGCAGAAGAGUUCUAUAAGGAACACAAGGGUAAACCAUUCUUUGACCAACUGGUUGACUAUAUGUCUGAAGGUCCCUCGUUGAUGAUGAUUUUGAGUAAGGAGAAUGCAGUGGAAGAAUGGAGAAAUUUAAUGGGCCCCACAGAUCCUGAGGAAGCCAAACAAACAGCACCAGACUCUCUACGAGCUACGUUUGCAAAGAACAUCUUGCAGAAUGCCUUGCAUGGCAGCUCUGAUCGGCUCCAAGCUAUGGAAAAGAUCCAAUUUGUGUUUGGGGACAUAAACAUUGGAGCAGAUGGGGUUGUCCAAGGUAUUGAACCAGAUUUGGAGAAGGUGAUAUGUCCGGAAUCCAGGGAAGAGUCUGAAGGUGCAGCGGAGGCUGGCAAUGCGGAGAGAACGGACGGGGCUGCAGUCGAUAAUGAGAACACAACCACUGACAACUCGCAGAGCACUAUGAAGGAGCUGAGCACGAGUAGGAUUCACUUUGGCGUUGAGAUCAUGAUACAAGUGAAAAGGGAGGAAAUUGUUAUAAGAAGUAGAGACAAAAGAUCAUUCUGUACACACGCACACAACUGAAUUGGCCUAGCGCAUUCCAGAAUCUAACUUGUUGUAGGUCAUCAAGAUUCACUACUCCAGGAAAGAACAUCCAUGUACAAUGUGGUGCCACAGAACAAAAGGCAUUUGAGUAAGCUACUGGAGCCUGGUAUGUGCCUGUGGAUCAAUAAUCCAGCAAAGACAUCAAGUGGAGACAGACAGAAAAAUGGCAAGAAAACAAAAAAUACUUCUGCCAUCACAAUGACAACAGAAUUUGCAGCAUAAAUUCUGUCUGAAGGCUGAUUGCGCAGACAAUACAUUCUUCUUUUACAACAGUGGUAUUUCUAUGAAUUUAAAAUCACAUCAUUACAAAAAAAAAUUGAUUAAUUUGUUUUGCUAUAUUCAAUAUUGUCAGACAUUCCAUUUGACUGAGAAGCGAUUGAUUGCAAU